UCCGGCCACUCCGCACCCACGAGACCACAAUGCCUCCCUCCUCUAGCCUUUUCUCCGCGGCCACGCCAUGGAACCCCUCUCCCUCCACCUCCUGCUUCCACGCGCCGGGCGCCAUUCGCUUCCCUUCGCCGCCACCGCCGCGCCAUUGAGCUCCAGGAGGCCGACGGCCACCCUCCUGGCGCCGCCAGGACGCCGGCGUCGCGGUGCCCGGCUGUCGGUGCCCGCCGUGGCGGCCGAGACGCCGCGCACCGAGGACGCGCCGUCCCCGUCGCCGUCCGGGCAGGAGCAGUUCGACUGGCUGGACCAUUGGUACCCUUUCGCCCCCGUGUGCGACCUCGACCCCGGCGCGCCGCACGGCAAGACGGUGCUCGGGCUCAGCGUCGUCGCCUGGUACGACCGCGGCGCCGGCGAGUGGCGCGUGUUCGACGACGCCUGCCCGCACCGCCUCGCGCCGCUCUCCGAGGGACGCAUCGACGCCAAGGGCCGCCUCCAGUGCGUGUACCAUGGCUGGUGCUUCGACGGUGCCGGCGCCUGCAAGUUCAUCCCCCAGGCGCCCGCCCUCGGCCCUCCCGUGCACAAGAACAGCAAGGUGUGCGUGGCGUCGUACCCCUGCGUGGUGCAGAACAAGAUCCUGUGGUUCUACCCGAGGGCCGAGCCCGAGCACUGGGACGUGCUGCAGAGGAAGCGCCCGCCGUACAUCAAAGAGAUCGACGACCCGUCCUUCGUCACCGCGUUCGGCAUCAGAGAUCUCUUCUAUGGGUAUGAUAUCUUGGCAGAGAACCUGAUGGACCCUUCCCAUGUCCCGUAUGCCCACAAGGGGCUGAUAGGCGGGCCCCGCAACACAGAGGAUCCCGGGAGAGUUGAGCACGACAAAGAAGGCGACGGCCCGAUCAAGCUGAAGAUAGAGGAAGCGAGCAUGGCCGGGUUCCUGUCGUCGUGGGAGCGCGGCUCCUGGAGGUUCGUUGCGCCGUGCACGUUCUACAGCUUCGGGACUAGCAUUCAGGUGUGCAUCCCCUCUCCAUUUGGCCUUUGCCAAUGCAGGUGAUGACAUGCCACGGCGAACCCAUAGAGCGAGCCAUUCCAACAGAACGACAUUGUUCGCUGGCUUCAUGCUCGUGGUCUUCUGCGUCCCGGUGGCGCCUGGCCGGAGCCGGCUGAUCUGGGUG